ACAUUAUUUGAUAAUCAGAUCAAUGCUUCAAAAAAGGAAGACUUGGAAAGCAUUAAUAAAAAUGACACUUCAAAGAAGAUGUCUGUUGAGAGAGUUUAUCAGAAAAAGACUCAGCUUGAGCACAUUCUGCUCCGUCCAGAUACCUACAUUGGGUCAGUUGAACCAUUAACUCAGUUAAUGUGGGUUUAUGAUGAAGAUGUAGGAAUGAAUUGCAGAGAAGUUACCUUUGUUCCAGGCCUGUACAAGAUCUUUGAUGAAAUCCUUGUAAAUGCUGCUGACAAUAAGCAGAGGGACAAGAAUAUGACUUGUAUUAAAAUAUCCAUUGAUCCGGAAUCAAACAUUAUCAGCAUAUGGAAUAACGGAAAGGGUAUACCAGUUGUGGAACACAAAGUAGAAAAAGUAUAUGUACCUGCUUUAAUCUUUGGGCAGCUGCUAACAUCCAGCAACUAUGAUGAUGAUGAGAAAAAAGUUACAGGUGGACGAAAUGGCUAUGGUGCGAAACUUUGUAACAUAUUUAGUACAAAGUUUACAGUUGAAACUGCUUGCAAGGAAUACAAACACAGCUUUAAGCAGACUUGGAUGAACAAUAUGAUGAAGACCUCUGAACCCAAGAUUAAGCAUUUUGAUGGUGAUGACUACACAUGUAUUACAUUCCAGCCAGAUCUAUCUAAAUUUAAAAUGGAAAAACUCGAUAAGGAUAUUGUGGCCCUCAUGACAAGAAGAGCAUAUGAUUUGGCUGGGUCAUGCAAAGGAGUCAAAGUCAUGUUGAAUGGAAAGAAAUUACCUGUAAAUGGAUUUCGCAGUUACGUAGAUCUUUACGUAAAAGACAAAUUGGAUGAAACUGGAGUUGCGCUCAAAGUUAUUCAUGAAGUUGUGAAUGAACGAUGGGAUGUGUGCCUCACUUUGAGUGAAAAAGGUUUUCAGCAAAUCAGCUUUGUAAAUAGUAUAGCUACCACAAAGGGUGGUAGGCAUGUUGAUUAUGUGGUGGAUCAGGUUGUGGGCAAACUGAUAGAAGUGGUGAAAAAGAAGAAUAAAGCUGGAGUUUCAGUGAAACCAUUUCAGGUGAAGAACCAUAUAUGGGUUUUUGUUAAUUGCUUGAUUGAAAACCCAUCAUUUGAUUCCCAAACAAAGGAAAACAUGACAUUGCAGCCUAAAAGUUUUGGGUCCAAGUGCCAGCUAUCUGAGAAAUUUUUUAAAGCAGCCUCUAACUGUGGUAUCAUAGAGAGUAUUUUGAAUUGGGUCAAAUUUAAGGCGCAAACUCAGCUGAACAAAAAAUGUUCAUCAGUGAAACACAGUAAAAUCAAGGGCAUUCCAAAACUGGAUGAUGCUAAUGAUGCUGGUGGCAAACAUUCCUUGGACUGCACAUUAAUAUUAACAGAAGGAGACUCUGCCAAAUCUUUAGCUGUCUCUGGCUUAGGUGUUAUUGGUAGAGACAGAUAUGGAGUAUUUCCGCUCAGGGGUAAAAUUCUCAAUGUUCGAGAAGCUUCUCACAAACAGAUUAUGGAAAAUGCAGAAAUCAACAACAUCAUCAAAAUAGUUGGACUACAAUACAAGAAAAGCUAUGAAGAUCCAGAAUCUCUGAAAAGUUUAAGAUAUGGAAAAAUUAUGAUCAUGACAGAUCAGGAUCAGGAUGGAUCUCACAUAAAAGGCUUGUUGAUCAAUUUUAUUCAUCACAAUUGGCCAUCACUGUUGAAACAUGGUUUUCUUGAGGAAUUCAUCACUCCUAUUGUGAAGGCAAGCAAAAAUAAGCAAGAACUUUCAUUCUAUAGUAUUCCUGAAUUUGAUGAGUGGAAGAAACAUAUGGAGAAUCAUAAAGCAUGGAAGAUAAAAUACUACAAAGGUUUGGGUACCAGCACUGCUAAAGAAGCAAAAGAAUAUUUUGCUGACAUGGAAAGACAUCGGAUCUUAUUUCGAUAUGCUGGUCCUGAAGAUGAUGCUGCCAUUACACUGGCCUUCAGUAAGAAGAAGAUUGAUGACCGAAAAGAAUGGUUAACAAACUUCAUGGAGGACAGGCGACAGCGUCGGCUACAUGGACUUCCUGAGCAAUUUUUAUAUGGUACAGCAACAAAACAUUUGACUUACAAUGACUUCAUUAACAAGGAGUUGAUCCUUUUCUCAAAUUCAGACAACGAGAGAUCUAUCCCUUCCCUUGUUGAUGGUUUAAAACCAGGGCAACGCAAAGUUUUAUUCACUUGCUUUAAGAGAAAUGACAAACGUGAAGUAAAGGUUGCUCAGCUGGCUGGUUCUGUUGCUGAAAUGUCCGCUUAUCACCAUGGGGAGGUGAGUAUGAAGUAUGGCAAAGUUGUGAGGAUUUUUAGCCUUUAUAAAAUAUUAG